AUGAAUCAUAUCGUUUCGGCCCUGAUAGGCGCCCUCUCGGGACUGGUACUGCAUCGUGCCGUCUUCAUUCACGGCGAAUGGCAUGUUCGGGCGCCAGAUAUUCUGAUCUAUCAUCUCAUCUACUUUGUGGCCUUGGUCAUGGUCUCUAAUCACGCAUAUUGGAUGAUUUUUGGAUAUCUUACCGCGCUCUUCUCGAGCAUCACCAUCUACCGUGUCUACUUCCACCGUCUCAGUCAUUUCCCCGGGCCCAAAUGGGCACGCGUAACUAAACUCUGGCAUGCGUGGAAGUCGCGACAUCGCCAGAAUUUCCUAGUGUUGUCGGAGCUUCAUCGCAAGUACGGAGACUUUGUCAGGACUGGCCCCGGCGAGAUCACAGUCUACCACCCGGAUGUUUUCAUGGCGAUAGAUGGACCUCAAGGUGGCUGUGUCAAGUCCGAGUGGUACGACUUGCUGCAUCCUAAGCAAUCCUUGGUGACAACUCGAAAGAAAGAGGCACAUGGCAUGCGACGUCGACAAUGGAAUAAAGGUUUCACAUCCCAGGCGCUCGAUGAAUACCAGGAACGUAUUCUACCCCUUAUCGAUCAGCUUGAGCGUUGCAUAGAUGAAAAUAUCGGGUCCAAAAAAGUCACCGAAGCUACGGAUCUGUUUUACUGGCUGGGGUUCGAUCGCAUGGGAGACUUCAUCUUCAGCCGGACAUUCAACAUGUUGUCUCGUCAAGAGUGGCAUCAUAUCAUUUUGCUGAUGCAGCGGGCCCUUUCCCUCCUCGGACCACUGAGUCCGGUUCCUUGGUUCAUUCACAUUGCAUUCAAGCUUUUUCCUCGGGUGUGGAUUUUGAAGGAUUGGUUCCGUAUGGUGGCCUGGUGCGAAGAGCAGAUGUUACAACGACUAGAGUCUCCUCAGGAUACAUCCAACGUCCCUGAUGUCGCCCACUACCUCCUUCAAGACGCACGAGACGACCCUCGACGGUUCCCCUGGCUUACUGGCGACAGCAUCCUCGCCAUCGUGGCUGGCAGCGAGCCCACGGCAGCCGUUCUUGUUGGUUUAUUCUGUGAAUUGGCAAAGGACCCCCGGCAUGCAGAGAUCAUUCUCGAUGAGAUCAAAAUCCUCGACAUCGCGGACUCGCGGGCACUGGCAUCAAAUUGUCCUCACCUUGAGGCGUGCGUUUUCGAGGCUCUCCGGCUGUAUCCUGCCCUUCCCACCGGUGGAACCAGAAAAACCUUGGAGAAUGGAAUCACAAUUGGAGGAACGUUUAUUCCACCAGAGACAACUGUAGUCGCACCGAGAUUCUGCAUCUCUCGUCGCGAGGAUAGCUUCGAGCAGGCGGAGAAGUUCAUUCCAGAGCGCUGGUACAAAAAGCCCGAGAUGGUGCGCAACAAAUCAGGCUUUGUGCCAUUCGGUCUGGGUCAUCAUAGCUGUCUUGGCCGAGCACUCGCCAUGAACGACGUGCGACUGAUCACCGCACGACUCGUCCAGCGUUACCGUUUCCGUAUCCCUCCCGGGGAGACUGGAGAUGCGGUAUUGCGGGAUCUGAAGGAUCAGUUUACUUCGAAUCCCGGUCGCCUGCGCCUGGUAUUCGAGUUGCGUGAAGACUAA